AUGGCCACGGUCACAGCAGCAGACGCAUCUCUUCAGCCUGGGGCUUUAGGUGGCACUGGGGCCAGGCCUCGUCACAAGUCCCCUGCGCGGUGUGUAGCAAACGCCUUAGUCUGCUUGCUGGUUAUAACUAAAUUGAUUUUUUUUCUUCUGAAGGAAAUUCGACAUAAAUCCAGUGACUACCCUCACAAAGUUGCAAAAUACCCAGAAAACAGAAAUCGAAACCGAUACAGAGAUGUUAGUCCGUAUGAUCAUAGUCGUGUAAAACUGCAGAACACAGAGAAUGACUAUAUUAAUGCCAGCCUAGUGGUCAUAGAAGAAGCCCAGAGAUACUAUAUUUUAACACAGGGUCCACUGCCUAAUACAUGUUGUCAUUUUUGGCUAAUGGUAUGGCAACAAAAAACCAAAGCAGUUGUCAUGCUCAACAGAAUUGUUGAAAAGGAAUCGGUGAAGUGUGCACAAUAUUGGCCAACAAAAGAAGAAGAAGUUAUGACGUUCAAGGAAACAGGAUUCUGUGUGAGGCUAGUAUCUGAAGACAUCAAAUCCUAUUACACAGUACAUCUACUGCAAUUAGAAAAUAUCAACAGUGGUGAGUCCAGGAUGAUAUUUCAUUUCCAUUAUACUACGUGGCCAGACUUUGGAGUUCCUGAGUCCCCAGCAUCGUUCCUGAACUUCUUGUUUAAAGUCAGAGAAUCCGGGUCGCUUAGUCCUGACCACGGACCUGCCGUGGUUCACUGCAGUGCGGGGAUAGGACGAUCGGGCACCUUUUCCUUGGUGGACACCUGUCUUGUGCUGAUGGAAAAAAAGGACCCAUUAUCUGUAGAUAUUAAGAAAGUAUUACUGGAUAUGAGAAAAUAUCGAAUGGGACUUAUUCAAACUCCCGAUCAAUUAAGAUUUUCAUAUAUGGCUGUAAUAGAAGGAGCAAAAUUUAUAAUGGGGGAUUCAACUAUACAGAAAAGGUGGAAGGAGCUCUCUAAGGAGGACCAAGCACCGAGUUCUGAGCAGUCUCCUCCACAUCCACCCAAAAUAACAGAGAAGUACAAUGGCAACAGCAUAGGCCUGGAGAAGGAAGAUCAAGUGGAGAAAAUAAAUGCCGACCUGUCCAAUAAAGUUCAAGAUAUAACAGAUGGAAGCAUUGAAAGUACUGUUCGAAAACGGCUGCGAGAGGAUAGAAAAGCUAUCACAGCACAGAAGCUGCAGCAGAUGAAGCAGAAGCUAAAUGAGACUGAAAGAAAAAGAAAAAGGCCGAGACUGACUGACACCUAAGCCCUCGAGACUUGUGAAUAUGCUGCAGCUAUAAACUGCAACUCAUUGACAUGCAAAGCAAGACAUGACCCCUCUUCGGGAACAAAACUGAGGUCUAAUAAAUACUGAGAAGACCUCAAUUAUCUGUUUACAGCGUAAACUCCAUCCAAGGGAUGAAGAAUACCACCAGCAUGCUACUCGGCAAAACAGAAUACUUUGCUGUCUUGUUUUUUAUAAUGCCUGUAUUAAUGUAGAAAGAUGUAAAAGAAAUAAAUUAGAAAAUACUUUGUUUUGUACUGCCAUUCUUAUUGUAUUUUUAUAUGUUUUUGGCAGCAUUAAAUAUUUUUUUAAAUUGA